GUGGCGCGGCUGUCCACGUGUUUACACGCUCUUGGCUAUCUCUACUACCUACCUACGAUGAGUCUAUAUUUGUAAACACAUGAGAGCAACGAGUAAGAUGGAUGUAUACGAGUCGCGUAAAAAAGAUUGGGAGGAUUUGGAAGUGUCGCGUGAAGAAUUGGAGAAUAUAACCGAGUGCCUGAAGAAGGAGGAAUUCCGCAAGCUGUUGAUCGAAUACGCGGAGGAGGUGACCGAUCCGGAUAACAAGAAAAUCUACGAAAAAGAGAUCACACAGCUCGAAAAGGAACGGGGCGUUGAUGUGACGUUUGUUAACCCGGAGCCCGGUUACGUCAUCAAGACCAGCGUGAACGGCGACAGGAAGUGUUUCCUAAACAUCAGCAAGAACACAGUCGUCGGACGACCCACCAGUCAACCCUCGUACGAGCAAGGCCACCGUGGUCUACAGUGGUCCAUUCCGUAUACGUUGAUACCACCACGCGAUGACUUUGACAAGAAGAACGCGCGAUGCAUGGUGUUCGACGUGGUCUUUCACCCGGACACCAUCUACUUGGCGUCCAAGAACGACCGAUUCCGCGAGAUCGUUAAUAAUACGGCGAUGGACGGUGUGGAAAAUAACUUUAAGGUGAAAUUGGACAGGAAGAAUCUCAAGUUCCCCAAGAUCAACUUUAAAGGUAUAACUCAUCCCACAGUGAUCAGAAAACCAUCAAAAGACCCACCGAAGGAAUCGCUGGAUAUAGAGCCAGAAAUCUAUCAGAAGUUAAUGUCAGGCUACGACGAAAGUCGCGAGAAACAGUUAAGAAAGAAUGAGGAAAAACCACAACGUGUCCCACCAGUUACUACUUAUUACAAGAACAAAGAGCAUGAACUAAUGGAUGAAAAAUAUGCUACUCCUAAAUUUUUUGUAAAACACCAGUUUGAUGUGGAAAUGGAAGAUUUUAUUUUAAGUAAAGAUGCAAAGAUGUAUGCUACAAUCCCAAAAAAGUUUGUGGUUACUAUAGAUCUGCCUUUAUUGAAAAGUGCUAGCGAUGCGACACUUGAUAUACAUGAACAGUCUCUUACCUUGAAAAGUGAGAAGCCUGCAAAGUAUCUGCUAGAACUUCCAUUACCAUAUCCUGUAGAUGGGGAUAAUGGAAAUGCUAAAUUUGAUGCAAAAUAUAAAAAAUUAAUUGUAACUUUACCAGUUAUUCGGCCCUUGAUACCAAUGGAUAGCACAGAUAGGCCAGAUAGCGGGGUUGAUAGUGAUCAGAGUAGUCCUCUACCAAUAGCAUCGAAAGAUGAUGAAAAGAGUUUACUCAAAAUAGAGUUAGUGAAAGAGUAUGAAAAUGUGUGUAAAAAUUUAAAAUAUGAUAAAACAAGUGAUGUAAUAGAUAAGUGCGAAGAUACUGCCUUGCGGACUUGUAAUAUGACAGAAACCAUUGAUGCAUUUAUGAAUCCUAAUAUUAAAUACAAUUUUCCUCCAUAUGCUUGUAAUAUUUACAAUGAUCAGUUAGCCAUUACUGUAAAUGUAAAAAAUGUGAAUCCCGAUGAAAUAUGUCACAAAAUUUUAGAUAAUAAUGCAGGAAUACAUAUCUUGCUGACAUCUAUAGGUGCUGGAUUUUUUCCGCAAUAUUAUUCAUUAUGUCUUAAGAUAGGAGAUGGCUGUGUUGAGCCAGAAACUCUUAUAAUUGAACCAUGGGACAAUAAUGUCGUGUUUACCGUAACAGUGCAGGAUAUUGAGAAUGUAACACAAUAUUUUGUUGGCGUGGACAUGGAAUUUAUGGAAGCAAAGGAUCUCCCUACUGCAGCAUCAUUUACAAACAAGUUUAAGGAAUUAAUGGCUUAUACGAAAGAUGAACUACAAGUGGAAAGACAAAUAUCUGUACGGCCACAAGGCAAUAGCGUUGUUAUAGAUAUUCGUCCAAAUCAGCAGGAUUCUGAUGAUGACGAAGAGCAGGAAAACGCAAGAGUUGUAAAGCGACAACCAGAGGAAAUGCAUACCAUCGAAAAAGCCAGAUCAAUUUCGGAAAGCAGCGGAGAUGAAUUGCCAAGCAGCAAUGGCAGUGUGAGAUACUCGAAAGGAAUAUUAAAAUCACAUCAUACUCGUAAUUUUUCGCGUUCCAUGUCCGAGUCAAGUGCCGACGAAAAUAGCCUUCCUGCAUCGUGUACAGAUUAUCAUUACGAUUUCAUACACGAUGUUAAUUCCGAAUCGGAUUGUUCCAGUUUAAAAAAGACUGUACGAUUUAAUGAUGUAGUUUCACGACAAUUAUAUAGGUCCAAUUCGAGUAUUCUUGGGCAGCGAAAAAAGAAUCAACGUAAAUUGCGGAAUAAGAAACGCGCGCAUGAUCGCCGAAUGAGCGAAAGCGAGAAUUCUGAAACCGAAGAGCGAGACAAAUACAAGACACAUUAUAAACGUUCUUCGAACGAGGAAACUUCGGAGAUUGUAAAACCUAUACUUACUCGAGACAAACAUUUGCAACAACAAAGAACCGCUAAUAUCGAAAUCGUGAAAUCAAAAGCGGAUGAUAAACAUUCUUUGCAUCACCGUAGCAAAUCUAGCAGCGAGGAAAAACUCAUCGAAAAUGUUCAAGCCGACGCCUCGAAUAAUGCCACAAAGGAUGCAGUUCAACUGGAAUUUAAGAAUGAUCUGAUAUUUGACCUCGAUAUGUAGAUUUAGAUAUAAUACGAGGUAAUUAUGCAUAAUAUUGUGAUUACAUAUAUAAAACUAGUAGUAUCAGGGUUUAGUAUCAAAACAACUACUUAGAUGGGAUUUUGUUUUUUAGUACGUUAUUAGUAUAGAGGGCUAAACAACUAAGAAAGCAUUAGGUCGAAUCAAAAUUGUUAAUAUAUCUUUAAACAAUUGACUUAUAUUAGUAGUAAAUAUAGUUAAAAAUAACUUAAAUCAGUUUAUUAAAUUUUUGCUUAAUAUAUAAAAUGUAUAGCAAAUCUUGGAAAAUGACUGUAUUAAUACAUUAAUGGCGAUACGUGAGAUCACGAUAUUUUUAAUCGGGAUCUUUUAAAAAUUACAGCUGAUUGAAUUGUCACUGAAUCGAUUUAAUGAAUCGGCUGAGAAAAAAUAUAUAUUCCCUUUUUAUGCCUGUUAAAUAUUACUGCCGCACAAUAUAUGUGAUUUUUAUGCAGAUAAUACUUGAUUAAAUCAAGAAUAGAUAAAGUGAUAAAUUGCAGAUAUUUUAUAAUAGAAAUCCAUAUAAAAUUUUAAUUGAGAUUAUAUCAUGUGCAUUUACGCAAAAAUAUAUUCAGUCCAUAUAAUACCAAGUGUUUCACGUUAUAUGUACGAAUACGCAGACGCAUUGCAACAAACGCUUGUUAAAGGAUUGUGACACAUAUAUAUGGUGAUAAAAAUGAAUACGGUUCUGUUUCGACAAUUGCUAAUUAUGUGGCGCAGACUUUUUGGUGCCUAAUUAUCUAAGUCAUUAUAUUGUGAAAAUCUCGAAAGUCAUCUAUUUAAAAAAAUAUUUGUAAUUCAAUGAAACACGUCGCAAAAUUAAGAUGUUUAUCGAUUUUAUAUAUUAUAUAUUAAUAUUUUGUAAUUAUAUAAAUGUACAUAAGUUAUUUCGAUCAGGUAAUUGAGAGAGAUACGACGAAAUAUUUACAUAUCUGCGCUCUUGUUAGCACGUUCCAUUCCUAUAUUAUAUACUGCGCUUAAGGAUUUUUGCUCUGAUGAGCAAUCCACAUAUAUAAAUCAACAAGAUAUUUACGUCAAAACAAUAUAUUCCUGUAAUAGUAUAACACAAAGAUGAAAUAAACAAAAUGUUUUUACAGGAGA